UUUAAACUGGGAGAUGCGCAGGGUCGAUGGAAGACGGCAGAGCCCUGCAGUUCCUGAGGGUCUGCGGUGCGGGGAACUGAGGGAGGGCGAGACUCGCCUUUGUGCGCGGAGUGAGGGAUGGAGCAGCAGAGCUCGGCGGCAGCGGCUUUAGUUCAGGCGGUGUUGAUAAUUUAUUUAUUUUCACGGGGCGGUUGAGUGGAAGGCUGGAUUUACGAAGUCGCGGAGCCUCCCCUCCCCUGCCGCGGCGGCGGCGGCGGCGCUCCGGGCGAGGGUGGUGCCGCUUCCCGGGGGCUGGAACACGCCUUCCCGGGGGCUGAGCGCGGCUUUCCCGGGGCUGGAGCCCGGCUUCCCUGGAGCCGGAAUACCUCUUCCCCGCGGCUGCCAGGCGGUUUCAGCCCCAUUUCGCUGCUCGGUGGAGCUGAUGGCUGCAGCCCACCUCUGCACAGGGGUGUGUAAACUUGGUGGAACUCGGGCUUUUUGUGUGAAAACCUCCCCUCACGUCUCGGCGCGGCGAACAUGCCUGAGCAGAGCAAUGAUUACAGGGUGGUGGUGUUCGGAGCAGCGGGGGUCGGCAAAAGCUCCCUGGUCCUGCGCUUUGUAAGGGGCACCUUCAGGGAAACCUACAUCCCCACCAUCGAGGAUACGUACCGGCAGGUGAUCAGCUGUGACAAGAGCAUCUGCACCCUGCAGAUCACGGACACCACGGGCAGCCAUCAGUUCCCUGCCAUGCAGCGGCUCUCCAUAUCCAAAGGGCAUGCCUUCAUCUUGGUGUACUCCGUCACCAGCAGGCAAUCCAUGGAAGAUCUUCACCCCAUCUUCGAUGAGAUCUGCCAGAUCAAAGGCGACAUCCAGAAAAUCCCGAUAAUGUUGGUGGGGAACAAAAGUGACGACACGCAGAGGGAGCUGGAUGCCAGCGAGGGGCAGGCGCUGGCCAGCAAGUGGAAGUGUGCCUUCAUGGAGACGUCAGCCAAAAUGAACUACAACGUGCAGGAGCUCUUCCAGGAGCUCUUGAAUCUGGAGCAGAGGAGAACUAUCAGUCUCCAGGUGGAUGGAAAGAAAUCCAAACAGCAGAAAAAGAAAGAUAAACUGCAAGGCAAAUGCGCUGUAAUGUGAUUGCCUUUGGCUGGACUUACUGCGCGGCACAGCUGGAGCAUGGACUCCCACAGAAAAUACAUUUCUGCUGGAGAUUUUGGAGGAAUCCACUCCUUGCAGGGUUGUUGCUUUCCUCUAAAAUCCCCGCUGGGUAAUUGUAUGUGUUGUUUUUAAGGAGGAUGGCUUCUGCAUGUUUAUUUUUUUAAACCAAUAAAUGUUCCAUGUUAGCAAUUA